AUGGAAGGACCAGCUGGAAGAAGCCCUGUGUAUGGUGGAAAUCCACCAAGUCCGACUCUAAGUUUCGAACAAUGGGUGGAAAACCAAAAUCAUCAACCGCCAAGUCCCGAUCUAUUCUCGGAUACAGCUGUGGAUGAAGAAUUUUGGACUUCUCAUCAAGACAACCCCGCUCAAGCGGACACCGUGCCUGUGAUUCAAACACCGCCCGCACAAUAUCGACCACCAAUGUUGGAUCUGAGUAAUGUGUGGCAUUCAAAAAGGAGGCAACUAUUCAGCCCGGAACCCUCUAUGACAGACAACAACAAGCUAUGGACAUUUGUAUAUCGGGGUCAACCACCACGAUUUGAACGAGGAACAAGAGCCAACUGUCUGUAUGUGGAUCACGGGGAUCACUACCACUUUGUGUUUGAGUGUUGUCCCCAAAACAAAACAAGGACUAUUCAACGACUCAUCGAAAUUGGGAACCUGGAUAGACGACAAUCCAUGUCAAUAAUGGCUACUGUGCAACCAGUGAUCAACUGGAACCAUUUCGCAGCAUACUUGGUACGAGCCGCACAAACCCCUAUCACGUGUAUUGGGAAGAAAUUGGAACAUUUGAGAGACGAUCUGUACAUGAUACCACGAGAAAGAAAGGAUUGUGCCACCCUCCUAAGAGACGAUAGAGGAUCUAAACAAAAGCACAAUAACAUCAAUCGGAAAAGGAGACGAGAACUUAUGAAGGGAUUAAUUGAAGCCUAUGAUGCCCGGAGUUACAACGAAUUCUACAUGGCUAUGUCAUGUGACGACAGAGACGAUAUCUAUGACGAAUACGGGCCUCAGUGGAAAGAAACCGCCGAGCACUCAAUCAAUAAUUACAUCGCCGGCAUGUUAUCAAAACAACUGGCCAUGCGGUUCGAAGAAAUACUCAUGACUAACUACCAUAAUCGCCAAUGCCCAACACCCACUAACACUUUAGAUGGAGAAUACUGGUUGGAUCAACUGAUGUCAGCUAACAAGAUCAAUAAACAACAGUUUCUAACUGACCUUACACUAGUGAUGAACAAAGUGUGUACGAGGAAGAACGCCUCCGUCAUUGAAGGACCGACUACAACUGGGAAGACCCUAUUUGUCAAACUCAUUGCCGAAAACUACAUCUACGGCACAGUCCAGAGACCUCCAACCACGACUACUAUAAAACCAGAGGAACAAGAAACAAAGCCCACAACUGCAACCACCACCGCGACAACAACAACUGUCGCACCAAAGAAAGAACAAGAAGAACCCGAGACAGUAUCUAUCAUGGAAACUAAGAGACAAAGACUAGACACUCAAGAGGAUGAAUCAUACGGACCGAAUCUCGCAGUGGCGAAACACGCUCAAUCGCUCUUCGGCAUCCACUACUAUAAGACAGAUGUCACGGUCACCCGAAAACAACACCUUACAUUGGCUCAAUACAAACCUGCGGACACGGGGAUCACUCAAUACUACGUCACAUGUAUCCCGUAUCAGAUAUUCGAAUUUUGGACAGUUAAUAAGGGUGGUGACAAUUUUAGAGACCCUCUUGCGAACCUCGUCGCAGUUUACGACUACAUACAUUAUAAUUCUGGUUCUAUUCGCUCUAGCCAUUUUGUACCACUUCAGCAAAGUCUUAGUUCGACUACGCAACAAGACACGCCAGCGCUCAACACAACCCCGUACGCAUACAUAGCCAAGGACUCACUUGGCAUCCUAGAUGGGAUCACAUCACCAACAGCCAUUGAUAUUAAUACCAUGGUCAACCAACAAAUAAAACUACCCAGCAAUACAUACUGGAACAAAGACAGUGACGAGGGUCUACUGGGAUUAGCAAAUGUCAAGACAUUCCACCAAGGUGAAACAGUCCACUACAACUUCAAAUUUGACAACCAGAUGAACUGCCUGAAACAAAAAACGCCCUGCUGGGAUAAUACUUUCGGACACUACUUCCCACUAGCCGCUGGGAAACCAUUGAACACUGGGAUAGCAAUGAACAUACAAUUGAACGAGACCCAAGCAGGAUACCAAUACAAAAUACCGGAGUACGAUCUACCCUUCCUAUUCCUCUUCCUACCAUUCAUCGAACAAGUCAAUAACACGGAAACCAUUGCUCGCCUAUACGCCCACUUACUCAUGGAAACUCAACUCAAUUUCACCCUAUGGACUGUCCCGGAUGGAGCCAAACACUUAACGGGAAAUAUGCACAACAAGAAUCAAUUGGAACCG